AAGAUCAUAAGAAGGCAAUGAGCAACUUUACAAAAAAAUGACCAUAAGUGGUCAAGUAGGCUAAUACUGCUGAGGGUUAUUAGUUGGUUUUGCACUCUGGUUUUGCUUCACUGGGGCCAUAUGGAUCAUAGCUGUUAUACAGCUCAUGGUGUUGGCAGGAAAUGGUUGAAACAGAAAGCUUGACUAUGAUGCAUACAAAAGAAAGACAGAGAGUCUUCUUGCCACGGAAAUGCUGACCAAUCAACAACACCUCUAUAUGCGGUUAUCCGGCAAAUCACCCUACAUGUACAAAAGAUUUUCAGCUAAUAUUUUCUGCAAAUUGACAUCUCUAUCUAAUGGAUUCAGCAGAGUGUGUGCAUCUGUGUGUUCAUUUCUUCCACAGCUGCAAGAUAAAAUCUGUAAAGAGCACGGAUAAUCUCAGAGUUGUGGUGAAAUACCAAUCUCUGUUCCCAACCAUUCACCAUUUCAGAGCAGGAGACGGAGAAGCUGCUGCUGCAAGAGAAAAAAAUAACCACUUGUUGCACUUUAGAGAACUUGUCUUUUCGGUGUUCACCCGUGCAUAGAGCUGGGUUAACCACACACAGACUUAAGGGGAGGGGAGGACCAAGAAGGUGGGAGAUCAGCUGAACUGUUUGACAUGAAAACUGAAAGUGCAAUAAAUGCCAGCAUACGCAGUAGAAAGAAGAACGUGGCAGCCAUGCGACAGUCACCUGAAUUUUGAAAUAUUUAGCAGAAUACAGCAGGAACCCUCUUGAGGAUGUAUUUCUGAGGAGGAUGUGAGCUUCCUAUUUUAGCCCUGUUGGUAUUUUGAGCUCUUAAGCAACACCUUGCAGAUAGGAAGAGUUCAAGAAGAGAAGAUUGCAACAUGUGGAUGAAUUUGCCAACAGAGUAGAGGAGAGAAAAUAUAUGAACUAACUGAGGCAGACCAACACAUGGCGUUCCACAGUCCAGUUAAUGGUACAACAGCCAUCCCGUGGAGGAGCAGCAGGAGGAGACUGUCUUUGCUGGAGCAACUGAAGGGGUGUCAAGAGGCCUGGUGCCCCGGGGCCCCCUGGGACAGAGAGGGGGCCCACACUGCUAUCUGUGGAACACCUGCUGGGAGUUUCCUGGUUGUGCAGGACUCUGCGACGUCUCAGCCCAGCCUGCUGUGUGUGUCUGCUGGAGGAGAAAAUGAAGCAGUUGUUGAUUAUAAUAUCAAAAGCACAGGGAAAGUCUUCCAGUUGUCUGAAUCUCGUCUGUCGUUCUCUGACUUAACUCAGCUCGUGCUCUUCUACUCUCUGACCAGGGAUGUGUUGGCUGUGUGUCUUUCCAUUCCUCGCUGGAUCUACAGUGUAACCGAGAAGAACAAAGAUCGUCUUUCUAAACUUGAACCCAAAACCUGGCUUUGCACACCACCUGACCAACAGCCUGAUGAAAUGACACAGAGCGAGCCAAGCAGCGUGAUGUGCUCCAUACAGCUGACUUCCACCAACGGGGCGCUGUGUAUCAUUAAUCCUCUCUACCUUCGUGAACAUGGAGAUGACUGGCUGACCCACAGAGCGACUGAUGCACAAUGCACCACGCUGUCAUCAACUUACAGACGAGAGCGGCGCCUCAGCACCACCAGAACAUGGGCAGGGGCGGGACUACAGAGCAAACGAGCCAUCUCGUUGGACCAGGAGCCCUCUGCUGCCAGUACGGAGACUUCUGGUCUAAUCAGAGCCCAGUCAGCUGAUUCGCCGCGUGGCCCCCCGACCCCAUCGACACCAGCUGCUCCAGCAGAGGUGAUCCUCAGGAGGCCCAGCAAAGAUUUGGCCUCCAGCCCCCCUCACAGAGCGAGCACAGAGAGCCUGUCUUUAUCUAUUACAUCCACCCCUGGAAGUUUAAAUUCUGCAGCGUCUGAGCUGCAGCCUCACGGCAGCCCGGUGCCUCAGUCUCCUCACAGAGUGUCCUGGAUUGAAGAUGGAGUCUGGCUGCCUCCGCCGCGACCGUCCUCUUUGCUCCACCCUCCAUCGCUGGAGCUCGACUCGCUGUCGAUAAGCAGCAUAGAGGAAGAGCAGGAGUCCCAAACGCCAUGUUCUGUCCCACACCACCCGUCGGCGCACCGGUUGGCUGACAAGGUCUUGUAUCGCCUCUCAGCGGUCGGGCAGGCUCUCGGCGGGCUGGUGAGUACGAAGAAGAGACUGAGCAAUCGUGUGCAGGAGCUGAGCGAGCGGAAAGGUUCGGCUUUUGCGGAGGCUGUGAAAGGAUUUGUGGAGAUGACGCUGAAGAAAGGGACUGAUCCCGGCGGGGUCACGGGGUCAGAGUUCUUACAGGAAGUGAGGUCAUCGCUCUCGUCACUGAGGGACACGCUGUUGGACUAUCCAGAGAUCCAGACAUUGUUGGACAGCAUCACUGACAUGAACGAUGCAGAGAUCGACUCUCUGGUCGAGCUUUCCCUCCACAAGGUGGCUCUGAAACCCGUCUCUGCUCACCUCUACUGCUGCAUUAAUCAAUCGCGGACCAAUGACGGCAGCUUUGAGCGACUUCAGAGCAACCUGCGUGUGCUGGAAAAGAACGAGGUGGAGGAUUUAGGGGGGUCGGCAGGAGUUGGAGUUCCCGACUCUGUCACCCUUGAGCGGAUCCAGCAGAGGUGGACUAGUAUGCAUGAGGCCUACUCCCCGAACAAGAAGGUCCAGAUCCUGCUCAAAGUCUGCAAGAGCAUCUAUCACAGCAUGAGUGCUAAUGCUAGUUCAGACAAAGUGUUUGGAGCCGAUGAUUUCCUGCCCUGCCUCACAUGGGUGCUGCUCCGUAGCGAUGUGGUCACCUUACACAUAGACACAGACUACAUGAUGGAGCUGCUGGACCCCACACAGCUGCAGGGAGAGGGUGGCUACUACCUUACAACUCUAUACGCCUCUCUGUACUACAUCAGCAGCUUCCAGCCUCGACUGGCCGCGCGUCAGCUCAGUGUGGAAGCCCAAAACUCUCUUAACCAAUGGCAUCGCAGGCGCACCCUGCACUGCAACCAAUCACGGCGCAGCCAGAACCGACGGACCAUUCGCAGGCAGACGUGUCGAGAGAGGGCCGUGCAGAUUUCUGACAAAGCAACUGGGAGAAAAGAGGGAAGUGGGACAGAAUGUGAAUCUGUUAAUACUGAUGAGUCACAGCGGCAGACAGAAAGCAACACAGAGGCUCUGCAGCCGCUGGGGAAAGACAUGAGCGGAGGACAGGAACCUGAGGACGAGUCACAGAUUUCCACUCCUGCGUCAGACUGUCAUCAGCAAGUCAUAAUGAGGAGCAAACAGAAAGAUGGACAGACUUUAAGUACAGUUGGAGAAGAGGACCUAGAAGAACUGUAAUGGACAGAAGAAGAACGGUCCAAUGCAAAUCAAAGACUGUUUAUAAAGAUGGAUGACAUGCUCCCACUUACCCCCGCUAUGCUUCAGUGAAGAUGAAAUAUCCCAGAUACGGGUGCUGCACUGGUGAUGUCAUUCAGAGCCAGAGACUGCUCUGUAGCGAUAUCUGUGGUGGGGGAGUUCCCGCCAAAACUCCUGUCCUAUCAAUCACGAGCAGCCCAAGUGCACGCAUUGGCUGUCAAAGUUGUCAAUCAUGGGGGAAAAUCCACUUUUUGUAACAAUAAAUAACUCAUUAAAACCAAAGUUAUCAUAAAAACAAACACUUAAUAGUAAUAAUAAAAAUAUACUUUAUUUA